AUAACAGUAACUUUCUUUUAAAGUUGUGUAUGGAAGAACUUAGAAGAGUUAAGUAAAUGCAACAGAUGGCAAUUCUUUGAAAGAUAGAAUAUAGCAUAAGGAAGCGCAAACACAGAUGAAAUACAAUGACCUAAAUAUUGCACAUUAUCACAGAGGCAAUGUGACAACUGUAUGGAUAAGCCGACUGCUGCUUCUUAUAUAAGGUUAACAUAUCACUUGGAUGACUAUCUGCAGCCUGGACGGUCCUGUACCAACGCCCCAUAUUAAAGUUCGCUGCGAAGAAAUGUGAACGCAGAAGACGACACAACAAAAGUGCAAGGGUAGUGCUAAGAUUGUACCAUUAUGCCGUGGCAGGAAGGCACCGCUGUCGUCAUAGGCCUGUCUGGUUUACUGAUCACGAACUUCUUACCCGGAGUCUUUAAUGUUGUCUUCUUUGCGUUGCUCCUUCUUGGAGUGCUUGGACUGAAUAGAGAAAAGGACAGAGCUGCGAGGAGGGUGGAUUAUGGAAAUAAAGCCGUAUUGGUAACGGGAUGCGAUACAGGUUUAGGCCACGAACUAGUUAAACGCCUAGACGUGCGAGGUCUCACCUUGUUCGCUGGUUGUCUCUCUGAAUCCAGCCAAGGUGCCAUGAAAUUGAAAGAGGUGUGCUCUGACAACGUCCAUGUCUUGCAGCUUGAUAUCACCAAGGACGAAGAAGUGAACGCUGCCUUUAACUUUGUCAGCAAAACUUGCAAUGCGACUGGGAAGAAGUUCUGGGCCGUGGUAAACAACGCCGGCGUCAACCCCCUAGGAGCGGUGGAAAUUACUCCCCUGGACGGCUACCAGGCAUGCAUGGACAUCAAUCUUUAUGGGAUGAUUCGUAUUUCAAAGGCUUUUCUUCCACUUAUAAGAAAGUCUAAAGGGAGAAUUGUGAACGUGACAAGCGUGAAAGGUCUGGUGGUUUAUCCUCUGGAAUCUGUGUACAGUUGCAGCAAGUUUGCCGCAGAAUGUUUCUCGGAUUGCCUUCGACGGGAAAUGACGUCAUUUGGAGUGGAUGUCGUCAUCGUAGAGCCCGGACACUUUGGUGGAGCAACAGCCAUCGUAGAUAUUGAAAAAAUCCGCCCUCAGAUGAUCGAACAAUGGGAAUCCAUGAGCACCGAGCUGAAAGAGGCCUACCCCAAAGACAAGACCGUGAGUAAUGUGCUGAAUUUCAUUGGCGGAGAUGCUACUGGCUCAGCAACUGACGUCACUCCUGUCAUUGACGCGUUCGAAGAUGCGCUGCUGUCAGUGGUGCCUAGAGACAGAUACCUGAUAGGGGGCAGCACCUCUCUAGUGGACAAGUAUAAGCUGAUGGCCAUCCUGGGACCUCUACUGCCUGGCUGGAUCAUGGACCGCAUUUUGACCAAGGUGUCAGAUACCUAAACCUGGGCGGGAAAACACAUAUUUCAAAUUGCUGACUUUUUUCCUCACCUAGCAUACACGUACACUUGUCUUUGGCCGUUUCCGGUAUACGGAUGUUGCUGUUCAGAGUGAAAUAUGCGGAAUAUGCGGACAAAGAGAAAAAAUAAGGCAGCCUCAAUCAUUAUGCAGACAGUAUUUCUAGAGUACCUGUUAUCAGGUAGACAGACUGAUGUUGGAACAAUACCAUAAACGGAUAUGACAACAUAGGGUUUUAUUGACCUGGACAUGCAAACCAUAGGUGUACAUGAAAUAUAUUGUUGAGGGGACUGGAUUACUCUUGUUUGGAAAAUAAAGUUCUAGUUUUGAAUAGGA